CUGACGAUCAUCUCUGGCGAGCAGAUCAACACGCCUUGGAGCAUUGGACCUUUGUUUGCGCUAGAACAAGUGCCGUACCUUUAAGACUAGGUCGUAAGCUGUCAAGCAUACUCUUUCUACUCCUCGAUCUUCCCAGGUUCAUAAGUCGACGCUUCUCGUCCUUUUCUAAUAGCCGCUCGUCUUCGCCCUCUUCCUUGUCGGCUUCCUGUUCGUACAUUACCGCUUGUCACAUUACGUCUUCGUGAUGCCAGCCGUUUUGCUUCUCUCUCCG